AUGGCACCCCGUGAGUGCCAUCACCAUCAGCCACCAUCACGACUGACCAAGAUCGCCUUAUGCGCCAUCGAAAUGGGUAAGAUGAUUUACUACCCCAGAGAAAACGUGGAUUUGAACAUAAAAAUGGAACAGCGUAAGAAAUACCGCACAUCGUACUCCCAAGAUGAAAUUUCUGCUGCUGUACGAAAAGUUCGCAGCAAGGAAAUGGGUAUCAAUGAAGCAGCCAAGCACUUCGGAGUUCCCAGGUCGACGAUUCGUUCUCGUCUACAGAAAAAGGAACGUCAAGUUUAUCGCUCCGGUCCAAUGUCGGUACUGACGAUAGAGGAAGAAGGCGAAUUAGAGUCAUGGAUAUUUGACAGUCAACGUAGAGGCUUUCCGGUCACAAAGAGUAAUCUGCAGGAUAAUAUCAAAUCCUUCCUCGAUCGGAAUCUACGAGAGAAUCCUUUCAUCAAUAACCGUCCAGGGAAAAAAUGGCUGAAACUAUUCAUGCAGAGGCGACCUAAUGUGGUACUCCGAACGCCUGAGUUUAUUACAAGCGCUAGUGCGAAGGUUUCACCGGAUAAUAUCAGAUCCUGGUUCCACAAAGUGAAAGCUUAUUUAGCUGAAAAAUACUUGAUGCAUAUACUGGACGAUCCGCGAAGAGUAUUCAACGGAGAUGAAACCUGUUUUCAUCUGAAUCCAAAAUCCAAGGCCGUAUUAGCACUACGAGGAAGCCGAAACGUGUAUGAUGUGGAACGAAACAGCAGUAAAUUGAACGUAACUGUUAUGUUCACUUUCAACGCGGCAGGGGAAACUGUACCCCCUUGUAUCAUAUACCCCUAUAAGAGUAUACCGCAAGAUGUUGCCAAGUCCGUCCCAUCUUCCUGGGGUAUCGCCAAGUCGGACAGCGGAUGGAUGACAACAGUAGUAUUUCGCGAUUACAUCCGAAAUGUGUUGAACCCGUAUCUCCAGAAAAAGCAAGUUAAAAAGCCAGUCAUUUUUAUAGUCGAUGGACAUAGCAGUCACGUUAAUCUGGAAACCUCUAACAUGUGCCGGGAUAUGGGAGUUAUCCUCAUAGCUCUGUAUCCGAACGUGACCAGGAUUAUGCAACCAGCUGAUGUAUCGGCUUUUAAGCCACUGAAGAAUGGUUGGCCAAAGGCGGUAGAGAGGUUCCGUAAAGAUAAUCCGCUUCGUAGAGUAACAUUGCCGGAUUUCGCAGUUGUUCUUCAAGACUGUUUGCGCCAUUCUUUGACAUCGACGAGCAUUAAAAACGGCUUCAGAGCUUCGGGUCUCUUUCCUUGGAAUCACAGUGCCAUCGAUUAUUCGAAAUGUAUGACCAUAUCGGCAGAGACAGAAGAAGAUGACGUAAUAGAGGCGGACGAUCAGGCAUGUACGGAGCUGAAUACGACAGACUUGGAACAUGCGAACCGAGCACUUGAGCAAUGGGCAGCAAUUAUUGGAACAACGCGAGCCAAAAAGUUUAGAGGAGACUUCAUCGUACUCGAUAACGCGGAGGAAGAAGCGCUUUUUGAAAUUUUCCACGUUCUGGAGGAAACUGUACCAUAA